AGGCGGUUGCAACAUCACAUCCAAAGCUGCGCGUCCACAACUGCAGUCGUCUUUUAACGCAACGGCGAGCUCGGAGGAGAGACCUCUCUCCGACAUUUUAUUCCCUCCUUUUGCUGGAUUUAACACUUUUUUCCCCCCCGGGGGCUAAUCGGCACACGAUUGGGAAUAUAUACACGGUAUAUAUAGACGGCGUGUUGCGCAACGACGACGAUGACGUGUUUUUACCCCGAAAGCACCUUGUGCUAGAUGCUGCUUUGAAGUGACGAGUGCCAGGCACCACCCUAAAGAUGGAGUCCAGGGUUCCCCACCACAUCCCCGGAGUGUCGUCCUCCAUCAUAUCCCAGCCCUUGCUGGACAGCCGAGUGCCCUACGGCCGCCUGCAGCAUCCCCUCACAAUCUACGCCAUCGAUCAGAUCAAGUCCUCGCACGUGGAGAACGACUACAUCGACAGCCCGGCCGUCGUCUCCCAGCAGCCCGAGAGUCAGAAGACGGCGAGCAGAAGGACCAACUGUCCCAGCCACGAAGGGUUUGUGGGCGCCAACCACAACAACCAUCACAAUCACCAGCACCAUCACCAGGGUCGUUGUGAGCCUCACCACGACACCACCACCCACCCGUGGAUCUCUUUCAGCGGGAGGCCCAGCUCAAUCAGCAGCAGUAGCAGCACGUCGUCGGACCAGAGGCUGCUGGACCAUGCCGCGCCGAACCCAACGGUGGACCACCACCCUAACCUGCACCCCCACCAGGGCCUUGUCAACACAAUCACCACUCGAACUCCCGGCUGCUUGGCUCCCUCUGAACCUAAAGUCAUCAACUCCUCCUCCUCCUCUCCUGCUUCCUCCUGCACCUCCUCAUCUAAAUUGCUGGACCUCAAUUCUGGGAAACUUCCGGCAGGAGGCCAGCAGGGGUCGGCGCUAAUCCCGUCCUCCCCAGCUGAGAAGAAGCACCUCCUUCUCUGCGAACACUGCGGCAAGUGCCGAUGCACCGAGUGUACCCUUCCCCGGACCCUGCCCUCCUGCUGGGUGUGCAACCAGGAGUGCCUGUGCUCCGCCCAGAGCCUGGUAGACGCGGCCACCUGCAUGUGCCUGGUCAAGGGGAUCUUUUACCACUGCACGGAGGACGAGGACGACGAGGGCUCGUGCGCAGAUAAGCCCUGCUCUUGCUCGCAGGCCAACUGCUGCGCACGCUGGUCCUUCAUGGCCGCCCUCUCCGUUGUCCUGCCUUGUCUGGUGUGCUACCUGCCAGCCACCGGUCUGGCCAAACUGGGACAGAAGUGCUACGACAACGUCAGCAGGCCCGGCUGCCGCUGCAAGAACUUGCAAGGUGGCAUCCCGGUGUGUAAAAACGGAGGCGUGGAAGCGAAAGCGGGGACACUUGAGAAGCAAGGGGAGAAACAGGGGUCAUGAUACCAGAACUUUCUGUCAGGCGUUGCUAAAAAAGACAAACUGGACGGCACCACAGUACUUGCUCAAUCUCUAGGGACCUAACCAACCACAUUAAUCUGCUGGAAGAUGUAUAACAAAAAGGUACUUAUAAUAGCUUCUUGACCUGUGUUCUGAAAGUGAUUAAAACAAGCUUGACAAGAGAGAGUUGACGAGCUCUUGUAGAUGUUCUCCUCUGUUAAAGGGACCUCACCCUGGGUCUGGAGUUUGGGUUGUUUUGAGAGGACAACUGCUAGCAAAAAGUCACCUAAUUUUGUGACUAACCAUAAACUGGUCCUGUUGAUUGUGGGAUAAUAUAUAAAAUAUAUAAGUUGAACUACCGAGCUACGUAUCUAUCUACCCCUUCUUUGUCCCCAUAAGCACAGCCCCUCUGUCUGAUUAUGAACACCUAUAGUUAAAAUAUGCUAGCUUAGUAAUGCUAACUAUCCAUCUAUUGCCACAGAUCAUUUGAACAAACCCAAUAUUCCCUUAAAGAGAGACUCGGAACAUCUCAAUCUGAGGGUUGAUCCUGGAUCAGUUCCGAGGUAGUGCAUGUCAUGACCUGCAUGCUCCACCGUGCUAGAAGUUAGUCAAUGUGUCGUAGAGACGUUUCUAAACAAAAUUAGACCCAAACCUUCUCAGGGACUGUCCACUUUAGAAUCUGCUGCAUACACGGGUUGCUUGGGAAGUCGGAAAUGUUCGGGAUAUGGCCUCAAAUGGUUGAAAGCAAUGGUAAAUGAUAGAAAAAAUGGCAGACGACUGCGAUAAACUACUCAUCGAGUACAAUCGAAUCCCAGUGAAGUCGUAGGACUUUCAGUUGUCAGUGUUCUUGAAUGCAGCGGGGAAACUGCCGAAGAACCCGAUCUACUUCCUCUUCGCAAUAGGGCAAAGAAAAAAAUUGGGGCAAAAAGGCAAUAGCAAAAACUAGUUAGCCAACUUUCCGUUGGAAAACAGAGGGCGGGGUUUAAGUCUUAGGUACGUAAUCCGCCUUGAUCCCUUGCACAACUUUUUAUUUUUAGGUCAACGCUAGCCCCUAAAGAUCGUACUAAAGCACAGGAUUACGGUGGUAGGUGCGCUACUUUUAGUGUCUUCGUUGUCAUCAUCAGAGCUGCGUUUUAUUCCGAAAAGUCUUAUUUUUGUGGCUUGCAUGAGGAAUUUUUUUUUUCUGCCAAAGGAAGCGAGCUUACACUAGCAUGUAGUCGCAGUCCGAGAGGGUGAUUAUGAUGCGCUCAGGUGGUUUCUCUCCCGAAAAAAGGAACGUUAAAAAAAGCAUGCUGCCCUUUAAUACCGAAGGCCUUUUGUGUUUUUAGCUUAAACAUGGGGGUCUGUCUGUGUCGCUCCAUUUUCACCCUCAAAUUCCGCUAACAUUUGUCUUGUUGCACAAAAGCUGAUUACACACUGUCUUUAAGCCUUGAUCGAAUGUAUGUGGCAAUAUCUAAAAAAGUGGAAAAGGUGCCAAACAAACCGAAGAAGAGCGGCCAAGCUUGUAUCACCACACGAUAUAUUUAGUAAUAGAAGCUAUGCAGGUUGUUAUUUGCUGUAAAUACUUUCACUACAUUUGUGUUCUUUAGAAGAGAAAAUGUCCUUAAAAGGUUGCAUGGUACACUAUGAUAACUACGAUUAAAAGAGAAUAUAUUAGAUAUCUAUUUUUGAGAUUGAGAAUGGUGAGAGGAAGCACUUGAUUCAAAAAAAGUGCCCGGCAAUAAGAAAUAUAUUUGAAAAAGUGAACAGCUCCAAGGCUUUUUAGCAGGCUAAGCUAAUUCCCUCCAGUGUGGAUUCAAUGAGUGCACAGAGGGAACACAAUCCGCCCGUGUCCGGAUCGACCCAUUUCCUGCCGCUCUGUUUCUUUCGCUCUUGAGUGACAAACACAGCUGCCGUGCAUACAUUUGUGUCACGGCUCAAGGUUGUGUUGCCGCCUGUUUCGCCUCGUCUGCUGCCGUUUUUCCGUCUUCUUCUGCCCUUUGCAUACUUUUUACAUGUGCUUAUUGUAGCAUAAUCCUCAACAGUUCCAUUAUUGUAUUUUAUUCUCUGCAAAUGCUGUGACCCUCUACAUGCUCUCAAACGCCACUUGUGUCGCUCGCUUUUGAGCCAAUGACGCUCCUCAAUCCUUGAAGCCCAUUUUAGCUGAAUAACGCUACUCCGUUCCUUUAUGCCUUCGCAAAAGUUCUGGGGAGCGAAGAAAUCUGUGCUUUUUUGUUUGUUUUUAGAUAUACAGAAAGGAAAGGAAAAAAGCUCUCAUUUAAAAGUUUCCCUUUAUAGAUAUAUUUAUUUUGAAGUUCUAUUUUAUAUAGUAUUUAUUUAGAUUGCCAACUUUUUGUUUGUGAAGAAAGCCUAUGUUGAAAUGGAAUGUACAACGACAAUGGAAAUAUAUAUUGUUAA